AUGCGCUUGGGCGACGCGUUCGACAAGGAGGCCCUCUCGGAAAAGGCCUGGCAGCUGCGUUGCAAGCUGCUGCCCCGACCGGAGGAAGUCGGCCGGCCCAUCAAGGAUAUCGAGGGCGGCCUCGCGGACGAGGACGCCAAGAAACAGCCGCCCAAGAACCCGACCUUUGGCGUCGAUGCCACCGUCAAGACGCUCUACGAGGGCAAGAACAGCUGCAACGGCAUCUAUGACUGGGUCGACUUCCCGCCCAAGCAGAUGAGCAAGAAGGCCGCCGAGAACCAGGACCGCCCCGCCAUCAAGGUCUACAAGAUCAAGGACAUGGAGAAGCCCGUCAUCGGCGGCCGCUUCUCGCUGACCUACCACCAGAUCUGCAUCCAGAACCCGACCCUGGUCGCCGCGCUGGAGCCCAUCCUCAAGAAGGAGAACUUCCACAUCGACCCCAGCGACGCGGCCACCUUUGACGCCCCCUUCCGCCCGCUGUUCUUCUGCUACGACGACAUCCUCGAGCUGUACAGGACGACCGACGACGCCGCCCCGCUCAAGGGCUACCUGCAGCUCCUGGUGCGCACCCUGGACGACAUGCUCGGCGAGACGCGCGAGAAGAAGAGCCGGCUGCAGGCCAGCGGGCUCAUCAGCUUCAAGAUGGCCUGGACCUACCUGCCGAGGGGCUCCAUCGUCUACAGCAGCGCCUGCAACACGGAGAUGCUGUGCAAGGUCGAGGACACGGCGUACGAGCGCGUCGACGGCCUCGUCGUGCUCGGCAUCAACUGCAAGAUCCUCGCCUUCAACGGCGAGGCCUUUGUCUGGACGGACCACAAGCUGCGGAUCCCGCGGUUCGCCGGGAACAAGCCCAUCCGCGAGCUGGACCACUACCCGCUGCAGUUCCACGAGAACAAGAGGGAGAUCCUGCAGCGGACGCUCGACAGGGGAAGGAGGGUCUUGGACCUCCAGGGCUUGACGUACUGUACUUACAACGGCAUCGCGGUGGGGAAGAAGGGCAAGUACAACGUCGAGGGUCGGAUCCUCGUCGACGUUGUCGGGUUCAACAAGUACGAGCGGACCCAGGGGAAGCGGGAACAGGACGACGCCGCUACGCGACGGAACCGCGUCAGCCAGAGCCAAACCCAUCAUCAGCAGGACGAGAACGACGAAGGAGCCGAUGAAUCGAAAUCCGAGAAGACGGGGGCCGACAUCAGCAAGCAUCUCGGCGUCCAUGAGCAGCGGAAAAACAAGGAGGAGAUGCUUGCCCGGGAAGGCGAUUUGAUGUUCAUGUCUCCCUUGAUCGAGGGGUUCGCGUUGAAGAACAAGGUCUGGUUGGCCUUUUACGUGGAAGACAUCGAGCCGAUCGUCUGGAACGACAAGGCGUACGACCACCUGGUCUACGACGAGCAGCAGAAGGACCUCGUCCUGUCGUUUGUCGAGAACCACGGCCUCGCCCACAGGAACAACGCCGUGGAGGACGUCAUCGUGGGCAAGGGCCAGGGCCUCAUCAUCCUCCUCAGCGGCCCGCCCGGCACGGGCAAGACGCUCACGGCCGAGGCCGUCGCCGACAAGACGCACCGGCCGCUCUUCUACCUGCAGGCCGAGGACCUCGGCAUCGACCCGUCGACGCUGGGCGACAAGGUCAAGCGCGUGUUCGGCAUGGCGACGGAGUGGAACGCCGUCGUGCUGCUCGACGAGGCCGACGUCUUCAUGGCGGAGCGGAACCCCAACGACGUGGCGCGCAACGAGCUCGUGUCCAUCUUCCUGCGCGAGCUCGAGUACUUCCGCGGCAUCAUCUUCCUGACGACGAACCUGUACAACACCAUCGACACGGCCUUCCGCAGCCGCGUGAGCCUGCACCUGCUCUUCAAAUCGCUGAGCCGGGACGCGCGCGAGCUCAUCUGGCGCAAGUUCCUGGGGCGCCUGCGGUAUCGAAAUGGGUCUGACGGGGGUGACGAAGCCGCGGAGGGCGACGUCGGACUGCUGCUCUCGGACGAGGACGUCGGGGAGCUGGGCCAGUGGCAGCUCAACGGCCGCGAGAUCAAGACGGCGGUCAAGAUGGUGGCCAAGUGGUGCGACCACAAGGGCUACGAGAUGAGCCUGGCGAGGCUGGAGAACGGCAUCCGGGUGACGAGCCCGCACGCGAGCAAGGAGAAGCACGCGGAGGACGACGACGACCUGUACAACUGA